ACUUCCACAAGAAGAAAAGGACAGAAUUAAUGCAAGGAAAAGAGCCUUGGCAUUAGAAAAAAAAAGAAUGGAAGAUGCGCUUGUUUCAGUAAAUAUUGAACAAGACAAUACAGUCCAUAACAUUGUAAGUCUUGACAAAUUUUCUGGAGGCCCACCAACAACCAAUGAUGCAACAGCCAGUACCUUUGCCAACGAGUCUGCGCUGCAAACGCAAGAAACAGGUAACCUACACACCAUAAAUUUCAGCAUUUUGGUUGGUUAGCCAAUAUAAAACUUAUACUUUUUAAAUGUAAUGUUUAAAUAUAGGUUGUUCACAGCAAGCAAAUUAUAGCAAUGCAGAUCAGCUCUGUAUGAUUCCAAAACUAUUUUCUUCAUUUCUACUUUUAUAUGAAUUCCCAGAUUACAUCUUUAAUAUCCUAUUCUUUUUUAUCAUAUAGGUAUGCUCUAUGACAUUUCAAUAGGUAUCUCUACCAAUCAUGGGCCAAAUAACAGUAUACUAAGUCUUAUCAGAUAACUUAUCCAUCGAAGAAUAAUUUAUGACAUAGGUGUUACAGCCAGCACUUUGAUGCCAGCACUCAAACCACAGCAGAGAACUAUACCUACAGAACCAUACACAUUUGCUCCACAACCGCUGUGUUCAUAUUGUGGUGCCAAAAAGUUCCCGUAUGAAACUGUUCGCUUCUGCUGUUGCAAAGGAGAGGUGAAUUUAUACGCAAUAACCAUACCUGCUGCAAUGCAAGAGUUAUAUUCUGGAGUAACUCCUGAAUCCAUUCAUUUUUUGAAAUACACCAAGCCAUACAAUGACGCUUUUGCGUUCACAUCAUUUGGUGUCCAUCUUGACCCAGAAUUUGCUCAUCGUGUCAAUGGAAUUUACACAUUCCGAGCUCAAGGACAAAUAUAUCACUUCAUAAACAGCCUUCUGCCCCCUGGUAAAACACCAUCCUACCUGCAGCUGUAUUUCUUUGAUACGGAUCAUGAAGUUGACAAUAGAAGGGGUUCCAAAGAUAAGCUUCAGAAAUCCAUGAUUCAGAGGUUAAUGCAUUUGCUUCAUGCAAAUCCAUAUUCAAGAAUUUUCAGAAGUUUGGCGCAGAUACCAGACUUGGCAAAUUGUGAUAUCAGACUAAAAGCCAAUCCAAAGAUACCAGAUCAGACCCAGAACCCACCUGUUGUGUCUCAAGUUGCUGCGAUCUGGAAUCCAGACGAACCUGACGGUGAAUUAGCGGAAAGAGACAUAAGAGUCCACUCACAUUAUGGUCAUAGCCAAAAAAUCCAAUACUAUUAUGGGUGCUAUGAUCCUGUCCAGUAUCCAUUAUUGUUCCCUCUUGGUGAACCUGGGUGGCACCAAGGGAUAAAGAAAAACAAGCCAAUUCGUAUUGGACAACCUUCGCAAGGCCAAACAUUGGUUCUCCCAAGCAAUGCUACAACUGCUGAAAAUUUGAUUGCACAAGAAGCAGCAGUAUACCAAAACAUUGAAGAUCAAGAUGCCAUGGUUUCUGCACGUGAAUUUUACGCAUAUCGAUUACAGAUUAGACCUGACACAAAUUCAAUAUUGCUCAAUUGUGGACGUUUGCUCCAGCAAUUUGUCGUUGAUAUGUAUGUCAAGAUUGAAACUUCAAGACUUGAUUAUUUCCAAAACAAACAAGAGGAAAUCCGUUUUGACUUAUACCAAGGAAUCGUCGACAGCGUUAACCAAGGUGAGUCUCAAGGUUCAAGAGUUGGCACAAAAACUGUUUUGCCACGAUCUUUUAUUGGAGGUCCACGAGACAUGCAGAAGAGGUAUCUUGAUGCAAUGGCGUUGGUUCAAAGAUUUGGGAAACCUGAUAUAUUCCUCACAAUGACAUGCAAUCCAGCUUGGUCGGAAAUCAAAAAUGAGUUAAAACCUCAUGAGGAAGCACAAAAUAGACCGGACCUCCUUGUUAGAGUCUUCAAUAGUAAGCUGGAACAAAUGCGAAAAGAAGUAAUCAAGGAAGAAUUAUUUGGUCCAGUAGCAGCAUAUACCUAUGCUGUUGAAUUCCAGAAAAGGGGCUUGCCACAUGUGCAUUUACUCAUUAUUUUGAAAAGGCCAUAUAAACUGAAUACCGCUGACAAAUUUGAUGCCAUUAUUUCCGCAGAAAUUCCACACAGAGAGCACCAACCACACUUAUAUGCUGCAGUGCUCAAACACAGAAUGCAUGGUCCAUGUGGUGAUCCAGACAAGAAUAGAGCUUGCAUGAAAGAUGGUGAAUGCAAGUACCGGUACCCACGAGAUUACUGCGCAGAGACAACAGUUUCAGAAGAUGGAUAUCCGAUUUAUAGGAGGCGCCAAAAUAAUGAUGAAGUUUUGAUUAGAGGGCAGAUGUUGAAUAAUAGGUGGGUAGUUCCAUACAACCCCUAUCUUCUCGCCCGUUUUGAUUGCCACAUUAAUGUCGAAGUUUGCUCAACAAUCAAAGCGGUGAAGUAUUUGUACAAAUACAUUUAUAAGGGCCACGACAAAAUCAUUUACAAAUUGGUCGCUGCAAAAAGUAAUGAAGAUAUUGAUGAAAUUGAACAAUUCCAAUCUGCGAGAUGGAUAUCACCACCUGAGGCUAUGUGGAGAAUUUACAGAUUUCCUUUAUUUGAAAUCCACCCUGCUGUCAUGACUUUGCAACUUCAUUUGGAGGGCUUCCAAAGAGUAAAUUUUAAAGAUGACACAAAUCUUCAAUCUAUUGCUGACAGUCAUUACUUCUCACGUACUAUGUUAACUGAAUUUUUCUGGAUGAAUAGUCAUGAUGAGCAUGCAAAAGCCGCUAAGCUAUUUUAUGCAGAUUUUCCUUCCCAAUUUGUGUGGUUGUCUCAAUCCAAAACAUGGAAAAUAAGGCAACGAGAUGAAGUUAUUGGCAGACUUGUUGCAGUACAUCCUAACCAAGGAGAUAUAUACUACCUCAGACUGCUGUUAGCUCAUGUGCCUGCACCAACAUCCUAUAAUUACUUGAAAACUGUCAAUGGAAUUCUCUACAGCUCAAACAGAGAAGCUGCCGUUGCACUCGGUUUGUUGGAAGAUGAUGAUAGCAAUGAAAAAUGCAUGCAAGAAGCAUGUAUGUAUCGUAUGCCAACAUCAUUGAGACAAUUAUUCUGCACAAUACUUGUCUAUUGCUCACCCACAAAUCCAAAGCAGCUGUUCCUUAACUUUGAGGACGAUUUAGCACAUGACUAUGUGGCCAUACAGCACCUCACAAAAGAUCAAGCACGCAACAAUUGCUUCAAGCGCUUAAUCUUGAACUUCAAUCAAUGGGAAAGUCAUUGGCAGAUUUUGAUCUAUCAAAUCUGCUAGCAAGCAAGAUACAAAAGAAAGAGUAUGCAGAGAAAUACAAGAUGAACUGGACAUAUCAGUAUCAGAGAUUGAUAUUGCUGCUGUCGCACUGUUAAACCAGGAACAAAAACAUGCAUACAGUGAAAUCCUGGACGCUGUUUUCAGUCAUCAACCAAAAAGUUUUUUCGUUGAUGGACCAGGAGGAACAGGCAAAACAUUUCUCUAUCGAGCAAUUCUUGCAACAUUACGAUCACAAGGAAACAUAGCUUUGGCUACUGCAAGUUCAGGAGUUGCAGCCUCAAUCUUGCCAAAUGGAAGAACAGCUCAUUCAAGAUUCAAAAUUCCAAUAAAUGCUGAUGGAAAACUCUGUUGCAAUGUUGGAAAAAGGUCAGCCACUGCAACACUUUUAAAGCAAGUUGUACUAAUCAUUUGGGAUGAAGCUUCAAUGGCUAAGAAAGAUACCAUUGAAGCACUAGAUUCUUUGCUCAGAGAUCUAACAGAAAAGGACAUGCUGUUUGGAGGUAAAGUCGUGGUUCUUGGAGGAGAUUUCCGCCAGGUAUUGCCUGUCAUUCCAAAAGGAACCAAAUACGAUUGUAUGAAUGCAAGUCUUGUUAGAUCU